GAGAAGGGCAGCAUUGAAGGCAAUAGAAAAGAUCAACAAAGGAUGGAAUGGGGAAUCUAAGGAUCACAGAAAAAGGUUUGAAACUAGAAGGAGAUUCAGAAUUCUUGAAACCUCUCUACGCCAAAGAAAUUCGGUCCACAGCAGGCAAUCCUCUGUACUUCCAAUCUGCUCGGAAUGUUACAGUGAACAUUCUCAAUGAGGAGAGUAAAGUUCUUACACGUCUUGUAACAGGUCCUAAAGCAGUGGAAGCAUACAGCCAAAAAUUUCAAGUGCGAACCCUUAAUGGAGAAUUGUUGUUUUCUGCAGAUGACAAUGAAGUAGUAGUUGGAGCAAAGAGACUGAAAGUUCUAGGAGCAGAAGGCACAGUGUUUCCUAAAUCCAUAGAAACUCCUAAUGUCAGGGCAGACCCCUUCAAGGAACUAAGACUUGAAUCACCCACACGCUCUUUGGUGAUGGAGGCCCCCAAGGGAGUCGAAAUCAAUGCCGAGGCCGGCAACUUAGAAGCCACCUGUCGAACAGAGCUCAAGCUGGAAUCCAAAGAUGGAGAGAUAACGCUGGAGGCUGCCAAUAUCAAACUACCUAGAUUGCCCCAGGGAUCCUACUCCCCUUCUGGAUCCAGGCAAAAAACCUACGAGCUGUGUGUUUGUCCCAACGGGAGGUUGUUCCUGACUCAGGCGGGCUCUAGUUCCACUUGCCAGAUAAACACAAGUGUCUGCCUUUGAGAGAGACCAUUUUCGGCAGGCAAAGCUGGCAGCCCGGGGCCCCUUUCCGGCCUCCCAGAUCGCAGCUGCCGACUAUUUUUACCUGAACACAGGAAGCCUAUCAAAGACUUGUGUGCGUGUGUAUGUGCGCGUGCACUGAGUGCGUGCGUGUGUGUUUGUGUGAAU